UCUGGCAGCCCUGCAUCGAAUGUAGCUGAUUUCUGUUUCACAUACGCGUAUUUGUUCGUCAUUGUCGCGGAUGACGUAAUUCGCAUGUACAUCAUGUUUUUCUUGUUAUUAUCAUUAAUAUAAACAUGCUAUCCUUUUUUCGAAAGCUAUCAAUAGGCGGAAAAAUAAAAGAUGGUAUACUGCCAGAAAGAAUCAUGGCAACGGCAGAGGAUCUCUUGACAGCGAAGAAUCAGAGCGAUCUGACAUUAAAGACAGAUACCGAGUUAAAAGAAUCUGUUUACGAUUUGCUAAGGACAAUUAAGGAUCCGGAGAAACCACAAACCUUGGAGCAACUGGAUGUUGUCUAUGAAGAUUGCAUAACUAUUUGCCACAACACACCUGGAGGAGUCUCUGUAAUUCGCGUGGAGUUUAAUCCUACAGUGCCUCAUUGCUCAUUGGCAACUCUCAUAGGAUUGUGUAUUCGUAUUAAGUUGGAACGUCAUUUGGUAGCAUUGUUUAAAUUAGAUAUUUAUAUCAAGGAGGGUGCACAUUCCACUGAACAAGAAAUUAACAAACAAAUAAAUGACAAGGAACGUAUAGCAGCUGCAAUGGAAAAUCCAAACUUACGAGAACUAGUAGAGAAAUGCAUAUUAGAAGAGGAUUAUUAGUAUACAUUGUAUCGUAUUCGCUAUUGGAUAUUUUUUUAGAGUACAGUUUUAAUCUGCAUUAUAUUAUGUAAAUAAAUAGUAUAUUUUAUA